GUUCCCCAAAAACGUCGAUACUGUGUUGAAGACGAGCGGCUGCUGAACCCAGCUACCAAAAGUGUCUUCUCCGUAGUGUAAAUGUAACCGACUGAGUAGGCAUAGCUAUAUAGCUACUGUCACCCAAUGGCAGGCCUUCAAUGUGUAAAGAUGGAUACAAUAUACAACCUUCUCCAGCAGCACAGACUGGACACCUACCACCACAAAUUCCUCACUUUGGGUGUCCAAGAUGAGAGAGAUUUCACCGAUGGCGUAAAUGGUGAAGAUUUAGACAAAAUGGGCUUCAGUCAAGUAGAGAAGAAUCGCUUUGAAAAAAUGAAAGAUUUCAUCCAAAGACUCAGAGUGCCACAGCAAGCGAUGCCUGUACAAAAACCAAUGGAGUCUUUCCAACUGUGGUACACAUACCCCCACUGUCCUGAGCUAAAAGAGAUCAGAGACAUGGAUCCUGCUACAAACACAGUUGAAGACCUGAUGCUAAGGAUCUGUCACCAAGAGGGCAUUGAGAACUCUAAAGCUGUGUGCCUCUACACAGUUGAUGGAAUGCCUCUAACUGAUGAUCCUUUCUUCAACACAUGGUCUUUGAAAGACAGGCACAUUGAAAAUGGAAGUGAGCUCUAUGCCAUAUUUACACCCAAGGAGAACUUGAGACCAGCCCUGCUAGUGACACUGCAAGAAAUGACUGACAUGACAGGAGAGGAUAAUGUUCGAUGCCACAUCAUGCUCAAGGGAGACUAUGAGCUCAAGGUGAACUUGGAAAGUGACACAAUUACAAAUUUGAGACAGAAGCUCUCUGGUGAAAGUGGAAUCCCAGCACAUGUCCUCCAUUACAAGUAA